CCAAAUUUUUUUCGUCGCGAACAGCAAAAUCGGCGAGCGUUUUCUCAGCGGUUUCAGUCGCCCUCAGAACGAAAUCAGCAGCCAGCCAGCUCUCAUCUGGAUUUAAAUUUCUGCAGUUCAGCAAAAGUACUUGUGCCAGCGACGAGAUGACCAUCAAAGCUAUCAAGGCCCGUCAGAUCUACGACUCCCGUGGCAACCCCACCGUGGAGGUCGACCUCACCACCGAGCUGGGACUCUUCCGUGCCGCCGUGCCCUCUGGUGCCUCCACCGGAGUCCACGAGGCUCUGGAGCUGCGCGACAACGACAAGGCCAACUACCAUGGCAAGUCGGUGCUGAAGGCUGUGGGCCAUGUCAACGACACCCUGGGACCCGAGCUGAUCAAGGCCAACCUGGACGUCGUCGACCAGGCUGCCAUCGAUAACUUCAUGAUCAAGCUGGACGGCACCGAGAACAAGAGCAAGUUCGGAGCCAACGCCAUCCUGGGCGUUUCCCUGGCCGUCGCCAAGGCCGGAGCUGCCAAGAAGAACGUGCCGCUGUACAAACACAUCGCCGAUCUGGCCGGCAACAAGGACAUCAUCCUGCCCGUGCCUGCCUUCAACGUGAUCAACGGCGGCAGCCAUGCCGGCAACAAGCUGGCCAUGCAGGAGUUCAUGAUCCUGCCCACUGGCGCCACCUCCUUCACCGAGGCCAUGAAGAUGGGUUCCGAGGUGUACCACCACCUGAAGAACGUGAUCAAGGCCAAGUUCGGCCUCGAUGCCACCGCCGUGGGCGAUGAGGGCGGCUUCGCUCCCAACAUCCAGUCCAACAAGGAGGCCCUGAACCUGAUCAGCGACGCCAUCGCCAAGGCCGGAUACACCGGCAAGAUCGAGAUCGGCAUGGACGUUGCCGCCUCCGAGUUCUACAAGGAUGGCCAGUACGAUCUGGACUUCAAGAACGAGAAGAGCGACAAGUCGCAGUGGCUGCCGGCCGACAAGCUGGCCAACCUGUACCAGGAGUUUAUCAAGGACUUCCCCAUCGUCUCGAUCGAGGAUCCCUUCGACCAGGACCACUGGGAGGCGUGGACCAACCUGACCGGCUCCACCCAGAUCCAGAUCGUGGGCGAUGAUCUGACCGUGACCAACCCCAAGCGCAUUGCCACCGCCGUGGAGAAGAAGGCCUGCAACUGCCUACUGCUGAAGGUCAACCAGAUCGGUACCGUCACCGAGUCGAUCGCCGCCCAUCUGCUGGCCAAGCAGAACGGCUGGGGCACCAUGGUGUCUCACCGCUCCGGCGAGACCGAGGACUCGUUCAUCGGCGACCUGGUCGUCGGCCUGUCCACCGGACAGAUCAAGACCGGUGCUCCCUGCCGCUCGGAGCGUCUGGCCAAGUACAACCAGAUCCUGCGCAUCGAGGAGGAGAUCGGCGCUGGCGUCAAGUUCGCCGGCAAGUCCUUCAGGAAGCCCCAGUAAGCGGGUGGGCCACUUCGAAAUUCCAACCACACCAGCCCCUCGGAUGAGAUCUGGAUCUUGGCGACGGAAGCUGCGCGUUGAAGAUCCAAAAGAAGGCGGCGGCGGUGCACGUGUUCGUCAACCUUUACUUUCGGAAUUUGUGUCUGGCGCACAAAUGAAUCAGAAUUAAAUUACCAAAACCGUUUGCUGUCUCUAUGCUUCGUUAUUAGACAUUAUUAUUAAUGUUAUACCUUGAUCUAAUCAUUAUUUAUAAAAAACAAAAACAAAACACUUCAAAAUACACUAUGUACAAGAUGUUCGGUUAGUUUUCAGAAGCUUGGAAUAUCUUUACUGUAGUCGCUGUAAUUCUUUUGAAAUUAUAUAUUGAGCUACACACAACCACCAAAA